AUGACUUGGGAGCAACGGAAACAGUACGUUGUAUAUCACGUCUCCGUUUGUGAAAAAAAGCAAGUAAAAGUAAAAUCUAAUUCUCGUAGAAGAGAGAGUAAACAGUACUUUCUCAGUACAUCAGAGGGACGUACCCAAGUUUGUCUGAAGACUUUUUUGAACACUCUGGGUUUGAAAGAGUCGACUAUAAGAUGCUGGAUCGAUAGAUCUGAACAUGGCAUUGCUAAAACAACACCACGACCAAACGACAACAAUGAUGAACGCGUUAUUAAGAAAGAAGACAUGACAUUCCUCAAACAGUUCUUCGCUUCGUUACCAAAAAUGCCCUCGCACUAUUGCAGGGCAUCUACAUCGAAACAGUAUUUAGAGCCGAUUGUUGAAAACAAGAACUGUCUUUUUAGGUUGUACAUCCAAGAGUGCGAAAAAAGAGUAGAAAAGUCCACUUAG